CUUGAUCUCAGCUGUAACAUGCUCAGUGGUGAGAUUCCAUGGAAAAUAGGAAAUUUGAGGAGUUUGGAAGUAAUGAAUCUUUCGCGUAAUAACUUGUCUGGUUCAAUCCCAACAAGUUUCAAUGAACGCGUUAGUUUGAGGUCAAUCGAUAUAUGUUCCAAUCAAUUGGUCGGUCCCCUUCCCAAGAUCAAGGCUUUUCAAAAUGCUUCGCUUGAAGACUUAAGAGAUAACAAGGAUUUAUGCAGCAGUAAUCAUACUGGUAUGAGCCCUUGCUCUUCAUUGAGGAAAAAAAAGAGAAUAAGUAGAAAGCUUAUACUGACCUUAACUCUAUCUCUUAUCUUUAUUGCCCUGAUUCUACUUGUGAUUACUUGUAUUCUUUUUCUAACAAAAAGGAAAAGAAAUAUCAGUAUUCAGCCUAGAGAACCAUCCAGAAGUUCUUUUUCAAUUAGGGGUUUUGAUGGAAAGAUAGCAUAUGAAAACAUAAUUACAGCAACGGAGAACUUUGAUAGCAAAUAUUGCAUUGGGAAGGGAGGACACGGAAGUGUCUAUAAGGUUGAGUUACCAAGUGGUCAAGUUGUUGCAGUAAAAAAGGUUCAUGCUUUAGAAGAUGAUGAAGAAUCUGAUGACAACUUGAAAGGGUUUUCAAAAGAAAUACAAACUCUAGUAAACAUCCGCCAUCGGAAUAUUGUAAAGAUUUAUGGAUUUUGUUCACAUGCACGCCAUUCAUUCUUGGUUUAUGAGUUGCUGGAAGGAGGAAACUUGUCACAAAACCUUAGCAAUGAGGGUAGAGCAAGAGAUUUAUAUUGGCUCAAGAGGGUUGAUAUUGUCAAGGGGGUAGCAAACGCGUUGUGUUACUUGCAUCACGAGUGUUCUCCUCCUGUAGUUCACAGAGAUAUAUCAAGUAACAAUGUUCUCUUAGAUGCUGAAGGCAAUCCCCAUGUUUCUGAUUUUGGCACUGCCAAACUCCUAAGGCCUAACUCCUCUAAUUGGACUUCGUUCGCUGGAACUUUUGGCUAUGUAGCUCCAGAGCUUGCUUACACAAUGAAGGUAAAUGAGAAGAGUGAUGUUUACAGCUUUGGGGUGCUAUCACUAGAAGUUAUUUUAGGUCAUCAUCCAGGGGAUAUUAUUGCAGCAAUAUCAUCAGUCUCGCCAGCAUCAGGCGCCAAUGGAAUACUGUUAAAGGAUAUUAUUGACGAACGACCACUAGCUCCUGGAAAACAAGAAAAAGAAGAAUUGAUCAAGAUCACCAAGCUAGCAUUUGCGUGUCUUCGUCAAAGUCCUCAAGCUAGGCCAACUAUGAAGCAAGUUUGUGCAUCUUUAUCAAAAGAAAAAUUACCAUCUGAAGGCUUGUUCUCCACUGUUACAUUAGGCCAGUUGCUUGAACCAGCUCUACUAAGAAGUUGAUCUUUUUGCAUACCUGUACAUUAUUGUAUAUGUUAUAGGAAUUUAAAGUGUUACAGUGUCUUUACUGAAGAUAUAAAUUACUUCAUGUGUUUUAUCCUCAAUUUGGAGACAAUUUCUGACGAUUUAAGAAAGUUUAACUUUAAGAGAUUAGGAGACAACAUUAGAUGGUAGCCUUUGCAGUUACUGGUGUUGUUAAAGAGAAUAGAAGAUGGGAAGAUAAUGUUAUGAGACAACAAGAAUUAAGAAAUGAUAACAAAAAAGAAGUACACAUAAUUUUAACGUGGAAACCCUCAAGGGGAAGAAAAUCAAGA